GACGCCUGUACUACGUUCAGCGCCAAGCAGGACUCCACAGAGGAGCGUCUGGGGCAAUCCUGCAUUGCAUAUGCACUGAGUAGCAUUAAGGAAGCUGGUCAUCGAGCGCUCAAGCGUCCGCACACGUGGAGAUCAUGCACGGAGUUGCAACUCGAAGCAAAUGGAUCUGCCGUCCACCCCGUGGUAUUUUAUCCGGAUGCGUUAUACGGUUUUGGUUGGUGCAUCAAUCUUACUUUGCCCAUGAGCACGCUGUACGCCGAAGCCGCGGGCGUCCUCGAAGGUCUCUUCCGCCACAGCGGUGGCCUCAAGAGCCUCACGUACGCCGAUAAGAUCAAGUCGAAGCGCAACUGCUUUGCGCUCGUGUGCCAAACGUUGCGCUACAAGCCGCUGCUCGACCAGCUCAUUGCGGCCGUGCCCGAGCUCACCAAGAUCAUCAAAAAGUCGCCCAAGGCGUCGGGCAAGGCGGCGCCCAAGAAGGCCAGACCGACCACGUCGCAGCAAGCGCUCUACUACAUUGCGAUCUACGAUCUCAUGUUUGGCAAAGACAAGAAGAUCCAGGGCGGCGGCUUUGUCAAGAAGCAGGUCCUCGCGCAGCACAAUGCGCUCAAGCAAGCGCUCGUGCGCCUCAAGGUCAAAGCGAAAGUCAAGACGGACGAAGAACUUCUGCCCGAAGAGAACCGCAUGUCCGAGUCGCAGCGGCUGCCGCGCUACGCCCGCAUCAACACGCUCCGCGUGACCGAGCCGAUCGACAGUAUCCCUGCCAUCCGCGCCGCCUUGAAGCUGCCCGAGGACCUCUCGUUCGACAUCGAUGCGCACGUUGGCGACCUCAUCGUGUUCCCGCCGGGCACGGAGCUGCACACGCACGAGAGCGUUGUCUCGGGCCGCCUCAUCCUCCAGGACAAGGCCAGUUGCUUCUCGGCCUAUGUGCUGCAGGGCGAGCGCGGCCACGACGACCUCGGCGACGUUAUUGACGCGUGCGCCGCGCCCGGCAACAAGACGAGCCACGCGGCGAUGCUCGUGGCGCGCAAGGCGUCGUCGCGCCCGCUCCGCGUCUUUGCCUUUGACCGGUCGGCGACGCGCCUCGACUUGCUCAAGCGGCGCAUGAAGGGCGCUGCCGCCGACAAGAUUGUCGAGCCGUGUCUGCAGUCGUUUCUGGACGUCAACGUCAACGAUGCCAAGUACGCCAACGUCACGAGCAUCCUACUCGAUCCCUCGUGCUCGGGCUCGGGCAUGUCGAACCGGCUCGACCAUCUUUUGGAGCUCGCGACGAUGAAGCAAGGCUUUGCAGCCGACGACGAGUACGAAGCUUCGAACGGCGAGGCCGGUGAAAGCGCCAACGAAGUCCAAGCGCGACUCCAGGCGCUCGCCGACUUUCAGCUCGAAGCGCUCCAAAAGCAUUUUCAGAACGAAGACGUUGUCAUGGCCGCGCUCAAAGCGUCUCGGGCCGCGGGCACGCCGUUCCACCUUGUGAAAGCACUCCCAACCUGGCCCCGUCGCGGUGUCGUCGUCGACGGUCUCAACGCAGAUCAAGCCGACUGCCUCGUGCGUGCCAACGGCUUGGAAGACGGCACCAACGGGUUCUUUGUCGCGUACUUUGAGCGCUCCGACGGCAGCAGCAGCAAGCGCAAGCGGGAAAAGACCGACGCGCAGCGCGAGCGCAAGAAGCGCAAGCGCCAGGCGAUCCAGGACCGGAAAGCGGCGGCCACUGCCCAAGACGAUGCGGCAUAA